AUGAGCAACAACGAAGAUAUAGUGCAGAAGCAGAACGAUAUACAUCAAACAGAGUUAGAAACUUCGUCUCAAGUCUCCAAUUCAUCUUCGACAGAAUUAUCCAUAUGUGUAAAGCCUAAAUCAUUAGAAGGUAAAGAAAUGGAUAAUUUUCUGGUUGAAAGGCAUAUGAACAGUAUAUCUCUCGAGCAGAAAAAAGAACAAGGUUUAAUACAGGAGAUAUCAACAUCUAUUAAAGAUCAGAGCCAAGCCACCGAAUUUCAGCGAACAAUUCGCCAAAUUCAGGAAAGUAAAGUACUACUAAAUUUAACAAGUUUGUACAAGAAAGCUUGUGAUGCGGAAAAGCAAGCGAUUAAAGUUAAUCAAGAUGAAAUUACAUGUUGGUAUUAUUAUAUUAUAGAAUUCGAUAACCAGGUUAAAAAUCUUAUGAAAUCUGAUCAUAUUGGCGAGAAAAAGGCGAAAGGACAAAUUUAUGAUUUUAUUAUUGCACAACUAAAUACCAAGCGCAAAACGUUACAAAAGCAAACCCAAAAGGCUAGAAAGGUUUAUAAUUUAUUCGAAAAAAUAGGGAUAGAAUAUACCGAUGACCAGGACGAUUCAGAUGACUUACCCGAAACAGAGAUAAGUAUACUUACUGAAGAGACAAAGUCUCGAAAUUUCUUGAAAAACCUUACCGAUGAUAGAAAGCGGAAUCAGGCACGAAGACGUCUUCGGGAUGGGUUUAAUUUAGCAGUGAACAGAAAAACGGGAAGUGUAACUACCUCAGAUAAAAAUGUAAAUAUUGCAAUUUCCAACAAACCCUCGAAAGGAAUAGAGGAAGAAACUAUUGGAGAUAUGGCGCAACGGAUUUUACGAGAUAAACUUAGCAUUAGAGAUGUAAGAGCUGAAGCUUAUGCCUUAGCCCUAUCGGCACCGGAUGCCAAUGCUGGUUCAUCACGUCUCUCUCGUCUUCGUAGAGAAUUGAGGAACCUUAAUGCAUCACCUGAGAUAAUCGAUGUUACUAAAUUUCCAGAUAUUACAGAAGACGCUAACAAAAUCCAGAGGGACAAUCGGAAAAAGGCUGAAGCUAAUCGUAUUGACUUUCCAUAUCAUUUUACGUUAGAAUCGGUCAGAGAGAGAUUAGAUGCGCAUGAUAUUAAAACUUUACCUGAUUGUCAGGCUCUUGCUGAUGUUAUGGUGAUGCUUUGUAUUCAUCCUGCUGAACUUAAAACUUUACGCAUUACAGAUGCUGGA